CCUCCCGCCGGAAGUGCGGCGUUUGCCUUCUGGGCUUUGUGGUAGUGGUUGAACCCGGCUGCUGUUGGAAGGUUCGUGCGAGUUCGGCCCGGUUGAGCUCAGUCCUCUGCGCUUCCGAGUGGAUCGACAGGCUCCAGCGCGCCGUGGACACGCAGUCCCGGGCCGGUGCGCGACUCUUCUGGCUGCUCAGCUUUGCGGCGCCCCUAGCUCAAAACACCGAGCCAGACUCACGGCUUUUCUAAACCGCUGUCCAUGUGUAACAAAACGUCGAAAAGACUUUUAUGAGGAUAAGGAGAUAAAUACAAAUAGCUUCCUUCUGAACGGAGCUAAAGUUUUACGAAAGCCAUAAUUGUGACCGGCUUAGGACCUCAAGCCUGUGACAAUGGUGUGCAUUCCCUGCAUAGUCAUUCCAGUUCUGCUGUGGAUCUACAAAAAAUUCCUGGAGCCAUACAUAUACCCUCUGAUUUCACCUUUUGUUAGUCGUAUAUGGCCUGGGAAAGCUGUACAGGAAUCCAGUGAUAAAAAUAAAAGCCAAGUAGACUGUAAGGGUGCAGACAUAAGUGGAUUACCAACAAAAGGACCAAUAGAAAUCUCUGAUAAAAAGAAGGACUGAUGCCAUUUUCCCAAAGGAUCUCAAUUGUUUUAAAAAUGGACCUGACAAUAUGAAGCACCUUCUGUGGAAUUAUCUCUGACCUUUUUCUCUGAGACCAGAAUUCAGGGUAGACUCUUUAGAUAUUCACCUGAUACUGAUCAGGAAAUACAUAGUAUUUAUAUUUAAAAUACAUUUAGUAGUAUUUAAUAACCUCAUUCCUAGUUCCUUGUUCAUUAAAGUAGCUCCUUUCUAUUAUUACCAUUUUUAACAGUAUGAACAAGUUGAAGGUUUGUGCAGUAGACACUUUGUUACUAAAUCAGUACUUAAAAUCCUUGGGCCUCUAGCCUUUGUUCAUAAGAAUUUGGCUGCUGUGUGCUCUAAUUUCUGUGGGUUUAUCUAAUUUGAGUGGAGUAAAUUAUACCAUGAAACAGGUGACAGUGAUGUGAAACAAAAGGUAUAAUUACUGUCCAACAUAGUGGAGCAGUUUAUUGCUGAGAAUAAUAAUUAUUAUUAUUGCUCUGAGAAAGAUAGAACAGAUAGAAAUGGAAAACUUACUUGAAAAAUGAAACAUCUACAUAAAUGUCCAAUGUAUAAAUUCUAAUUCUGUUGCAUUCCUUCUAUUCCUAUGAAUGUAUUAAACAGUUUAUCUAGUGGCUCUUUA